GCCAUGUACCUCGCCAUUGAAAGACAACUGAUCAAAACCUAGCCGCUAUAAAGUUCACCUUUGAUGGAGCUCAACUUCCAGCGCUUGUGGUGAAAAUCGACCUCACACAGGAGAUAAUCUCCUUGGGAAAUGUCCACAGAAGUAAGUGCGACAAGAAGACGUGGAAAAGAAGGCUUAACUGCGAAUGGAUCGAGCGAAGAUCUCUUUGAUGGUCUGAAGAAAGAGGAAAACAGAAAUCAAGAGGAACAGGAAAUACCGCCCUCAGAAGAUAAAAGAGAAACUUACUCAGACUCAGCUCCUGUAGAACAACCAAGCAUGUUAGCAAGCUUGAAUCCACGAUGGAGGAACUGGUGGAUCAGAGGAAUGUUCUCUUUGGUGAUGAUUGGAGGUUUCUCUGUUAUAGUUUACUUAGGUCCUUUUGCUUUAAUCCUGUUGAUCCAGUGUAUUCAAAUCAAGUGUUACCAUGAGAUCAUCUCUAUUGGACACAAGAAAUAUGAAAAAUACAACCUUCCAUGGUUCAGAUCCCUAAGUUGGUAUUUUCUUGGAUGUGCAAACUUUUUCUUUUAUGGCGAGAGCAUAACAGAUUAUUUUAAUGGUAAUCCAGACCCACAAGUGGAUGAUGCAUCAGAGGAAGUGGUGAAAACGUACAUAACUUAUCACAGGUUGAUUUCGUAUUCACUUUACUUAAUUGGUUUCAUUUUAUUUGUGUUAAAUUUAAAAAAGGAACACUACAAAGUGCAAUUUUCAUUGUUUGGCUGGACCCAUGUGACUUUGCUGAUUGUUGUCACCCAAUCACACCUCAUUAUGCAGACCUUGUUUGAAGGACUCAUUUGGUUCUUUUUACCUGUCAGCAUGGUGAUUUGCAAUGACAUCUUUGCAUAUAUUUUUGGAUUCUUUUUUGGCCGAACUCCUCUUAUCAAGCUAUCACCUAAGAAAACAUGGGAAGGUUUCAUUGGUGGAGGAGUGACAACAGUGAUAUAUGGAUGGCUUAUCUCUUAUUUCAUGUGUCAGUAUCAGUAUUUCAUCUGCCCUGUGGUGUUCAGUGGCUCAAUAACAGACUUCAAGACAACUUGUCAGCCUUCAUCACUUUACAAAUUGACUGCCUUUACCAUUCCUGCUCCUGUCAAAUAUCUUCUAGGAUUUGGUGGUUUGACACAAGAUGAAGUGUGGUUAUAUCCAAUGCAGUUCCACUCCAUUGUUUUGUCACUCUUCAGUUCAUUGAUUGCACCAUUUGGUGGUUUCUUUGCGAGUGGAUUCAAGAGGGCCUUUAAAGUCAAGGACUUUGGUGAUACCAUUCCUGGACAUGGAGGUCUAGUAGAUCGCUUUGACUGUCAGUUCCUCAUGGCAACUUUUGUUUAUGUUUACCAUUCUACAUUUAUAAGGGCACCUCAACCACACAAAGUGUUGCAACAAGUCUUAUCUCUGAAGCCAGAACACCAACUGAACAUCUACAAAGAGCUUAAGUCUAGCUUGCUUAGAAGAGGCAUUCUAUAGUGGAUUCAACAGUGCUGCCACAACCAUCCCAUAUUUAUCUUGUAAAUCACUGGGUAAUAAUGUUAACUUAAGCAUCAGGAUUAUGAUAACUGUACAUGUCAAUUAUAUAGGCUAUGGGUAUCCUUGUAUAACAGAUAUCCUUGUAUAAUAGAUAUAUUACUGAUUGUAUUUUAAGGCUUUUGCUUUUCACAAUUAUGUUUUGAAUGUAAGUACAAGCAUUUGAAUUAUGUUGUGUAAAAUGAAAAGAAGAAAUAAGGUGAGAUAUGAGUUCCUGUCUGUGAAGCUUGUACAGGUUGACAGGCACAGAACAAGCACUUUGGUUCAUCAGAUGCUAUAAUGUACUGUCUUGUGAAUUACCAUACAAACAGAGUUUCAUUAUGUUGUGCUCAGCUGUUUUGAUGUAACACAACUCAAUUCAUUGGGAGCACAGAUAUAAGCAAGGAAAAGAAAUUGUGCUUGCUCAUUUACUUAUCCUUAAACUUGUAUCUUAGCUUAACUCUUUUGAUCCCACGAGUGACCAAGACAGCAUUUCUCCCUACAAUAAGAAUACAAUAUCAAGCAUACAAAUGAUGGGAAUGAAGAAAAAAAAAUAAUCAAUUAGAUUAUUAGUUGAUCUGAUACCAAAUUCUCUGAAGUAACAUCACAUGCAUUGUAUGACAGACAGUAAGGAGAACUCCAGAUGAGAUCCCAAGAGUCAAAGGGUGAAAUGUGAGCUAGCUCUAAGCUGUUGUGCUUGCUCUUGGUUCUCCACUAGUUACUAACACCAGCUUUUAAAACCAGGCUUCAGGGUCCAUUGAUCCAGUUAAAUGUUGAAGUCUGUUACAUGAUGAAAGGAAAACAUCCCCAUUCAUAGAUGAAGGAGGAAAGUAACAUAAUUACACCUGUUCAUAAUAUUAAUAUAUAUAUAUAUUUUAGCUUUUUAACUUUGUUUUAAAUUAUGUGUGGAGGGAUUAAUUGUUGAUUUUGGAAAGAUGUUAUAUGCAUACUGUAUCUCAAAAUAAUAAAAUUGAUAAAACUUAAACAUGUCUAGAUCAAUAGAAACUAUUACUGUAAUUUUGAUGGUUCUAUCCUGUGUUUUAAAUAUUCUGAACAUUACUGAUAUGAAAAACAGCUAUUUUUUUUAAAGGCUCUACAUUUAGCAAUGUUGCCCUUUUGUGCCUCAAAAAAGUGUCAUCUGGCGAGAGGAAACAAAAAAAUAAGUAAGAGAUGAGAUAAAUAAAUAUCUAAGAAGUUGUGGAUGGCAGAGGUUGGGAAGUCUUAAUUAACAUGGGUCUUGAACAAAGUUGAAAUAUCGCAGCAAAAUUAUGUAGCUUCUUUGAACAACAGUAAGAUUUAAUUUAUGUAGCCACUGAUUUGUACAAUCUAUUUUAAUAACCAUCUUUACCAAUCAAAUGAUGUUCAUUUAGUGUAAUAUAAAAACCUGAUGUGCAAUAUUUUAAGAAUAUCUAGUGUUCUUAUUAAUGACAUUAUUAAAGGUGAUUUGUGCAAAUUGA